UCACAGUUAGAGCAGCAGCUGAAGCGGCAGACAAAGACACGGAGCGCAACGCGAUCCUGCAGCAUCCACGCCCACCCACACUCACUCACACACAACAGCAGCAGCAGCUCACAGUACCACUGACCCAUAAUUCCUCAAUACAGGACCUCCUUCACCACCACUAUGGAUGCCCCCUCUGAACAUGUUGCCAUGGAGCUGGACUUCGGCCAUUUUGAUGAGCGGGACAAGGCGUCUCGUGCCCCACGAGGCGGACGAGCCAACGGUCUCCCCAGCCCCACACAUAGCGCGCAUUGCAGUUUUUACCGUACACGCACCCUCCAGGCUCUGACCAGUGAGAAAAAGGCUAAAAAGGUGCGAUUCUACCGCAAUGGUGACCGCUACUUCAAGGGCAUCGUGUAUGCAGUGGCCAAUGACCGUUUCCGCACAUUUGAUGCUCUACUGGCUGACUUAACCCGCUCUCUGUCUGACCAUAUCAAUCUGCCACAAGGGGUCAGAUACAUCUUUACUAUCGACGGAUCACAGAAGAUUACCAGUCUGGAUGAGCUAGAGGAAGGUGAGAGCUAUGUUUGUGCUUCUGAGAACUACUACAAGAAAGUGGACUACACCAAAAAUGUGAACCCCAACUGGUCAGUCAAUGUGAAAGCUUCAGCUAGCCAGAAGAACAUGCUGGCCAACCGCACGGCCAAUGAGCCGAGGGAGAAUAAGGACUUUGUGCGACCAAAGUUGGUGACAGUGAUGAGGAGCGGGGUGAAGCCGCGGAAAGCCGUCCGUGUGCUGCUCAAUAAGAAGACGGCACACUCUUUUGAGCAGGUGCUCACUGACAUCACAGAGGCCAUUAAACUUGAAAGCGGAGCAGUGAAAAGGAUCUACACACUGGAUGGAAAACAGGUGACCUGCUUGCAAGAUUUCUUUGGUGAUGAUGACGUUUUCAUUGCCUGUGGACCAGAAAAAUUUCGCUAUGCACAGGAUGACUUCUCACUGGAUGAAAAUGAGUGUCGGGUGAUGAAGACCCCCAAAGGACAGAGGGGCUCUACUAAGAGUCCCGGUCCUGUGCGACGCAGCAAGUCUCCGGCUGAUUCCACUAAUGGAACAGGCUCCAGUAGUCAGCUUUCUACUCCCAUAUCUAAGCAGUCUCCCAUCUCAACUCCAACUAGCCCCGGUACCACUCGCAAACAGAAGGAUUUAUACUUGCCUCUGUCUCUGGAAGAUGAUGAUUCACAGGGGGAGUCCAUGUAGGCUCUCUCCACUUUCCAUAUGUCUUAUCAACAUGCCAGUCACAGAGGUAUCUCUGGUGCUAUCUGUCUAGAAAACAUCAACAUCACCGCCCUAGUGACCAGGGUGAAUGCACGAAUACCUCUGCUGCCCCUUGGCCAUCAGGCUUUAGAUCUCAAGGCUUUGCAGCAGUGGUCAGUGCACUAUUUGCUGCUUGAGAAUUUGUUACAUCCAUUUUCUGUGUUUUGAUAAUAGAUUUGUAGUGACUGAUGAAAAGUAGUAUAUGCAGGGCAUAUGCUGCAGUUUGUAUUAUAACAAACAAACGUCUAAAUUUGUACACAUGGUCUGCUGUUGAAAUUCAUUUUAUAUAUAUGUGAAAUUUGAGAAACUUCAAUGUUAACACACAGCAGGUCAGUUUAGCUCUUUAAACAUCCAGCCAUUUUUUUUUUUUUUUAACAAUAAUUUUGACUUUUUCAUAUUACAUUUUUUAAAAGCUUGGUCUUACGAAUUCCAAGCAGCAAAUAGUCAAUUUUACAACAGUGUGAUAGUCUGACUUGUACAAAAAUGACAAGAAAAAAAAAAAAAAAAAAAAAAAAAAGAAAGAAAGAAAGAAAAAAAAAAACUUGUUGCGCCAUUAACAAUUUGUAUUAUUCUCUUUUUGUAAUGCUCUCUUUCUCUUUUUCACUCUCUCUGUGCAAAGGUUUAGUGUGUUUUAAAGCCAUUAAGUUUAAAAUAGCACCCACAGAAAUAUCCAUAUCUCUGUAUCACUGUAAUAAUGUGUACGGCCUACUCUAAGACACCAACAUAUAUGUUUUUACAUUGUUGCAAUAUUUUUAAAACAUACACAUAAGGUUAAAUAUCCAUGGCUCUGAAGGUAAUGAUUGCAAAUUGAGAGGAGGUGCCAAAAGUCAUUUAACAAGGUCCUUUUACUUUCAAAAAAAAUCUAGUAACUCCUUAUUUUAAGGACUAAUUCUCACUUUUCACUAGCAUACAUAUUAUUAGCAUAUUGGCUGUUUAUUAGUACUAAAAACAAAUACUAAAGCCUUAUUUUGCAUGACCAUAUUUUAGAACACGUAACUAUUAAUAAGCAGCAAAUUAAGAGUGUAUUAAGGCAAAAGGUAUAGUUAAUAAUUAGUUACUAGUGAGAAUUGGACCUUGAUGUGUGACCACAAUCACAUUAAAUUUAGGUAUAAAAUAAAAUAAAAUAAAAUAAAAUAAAAUGAAUAUACUAAAGUAUACGCUUAAAAUACCUAAUUAGGUAAUAGCAGCAGCAGAUUUUUUUUUUCUGUCCGAAGGGAUUUGAUUAAGGAAAUAAGGAAAUAAGGAAAUGAAAACCAGUAUGACUUUGUUUCUAAAAUAACAAAAGUAAUAAAAGGUGGGCCAUUCAAUACAUGCAUCAUAUUCCAAGUCUUUUAAAGCCAUAUCUUUUGUCUGAGGAACUGAUGAAAAGUCCUUAUUCACUGAUGACAUCUCUGCUGCAGCUCUUUAAUGUCAUUCACCUGGAAAGGCGGCAGGGUUUUAUGCUGUUGGUUGUCAUUUGUGUUGUAACCAAUUGUGACAUCAAAUUUGAAUAAAAGGGCAAGAAUAUCAGUGAAUAAUUACUUUUUUCUCUCAAACAAAGCUAUUACAAGUCAUAUGAACCAUUUUUAUGGUGCUGAUUUAAAGCCCAGAAUUAUUAUUAUUAUUAUUAUUAUUUUUUUAAAUGAAAAGAGUAGCAUGAACAUUUUUUAGAAUGUCCAAGAUCUCAUACAGGUUUAGAGAGACAUGAUAAUGAUAAUGAUGAUGAUGUGGAUGCUGCUGCUGCUGAUGAUGAUGAUGAUGAUGAUGGCAAUUUUUACUUUUGGGUGACUAUUCCUUUUCAAAAAUGUCUUGUAAGAUAUAGUGUCAUUUUUCAGAAAGCCAAAGUUAUGUUGAAAAGAGGGAAGCUGAAAAACACAGUUUUCACUUCCCCAGUGGUGAUGUACAUAUUGGAGUUUCUCAUUCAAAGCUUUCAUUUGAAGAUAAACAGAAUUAUCAGACCUAAACAUUUACAACCAAAUAUAUAUGAUAUGAUGAUAGAAUUCAAUGUAUGAUCGCAAAAUGCUAAAUUUCUCAAUUACAACAUCACAGUGAUCUCCGCAAGUAUUGUGAUAUUUGAUAACUGCACAGACAAACCCUUUGUUGAUUCUUUUAUAUGUAUAUAUCCUUUCUGCUAUUUUCCACUGAAUAUUCUAGAACCAUAAGUGUCUCCAGAUGAUGUUUCACCUUCCAUGGUGCCUUUUUAAAACCAUCCUUUAUGAAAAUACAAAACAAACGAGAAAAAAGUCACUUAUUUGUCACUUGUUUACUGUAUCUUUUUGCAUUGUUUGAUAUGAAGUGGGGCUCAAACAUUAUCUAUAACUACACACUCUGUAAUCUGUUACUGUAGUAGUUUAUCAGGGUAAAUCUUUAGACAUGGUGCAGAUGCUCUCUUUUCUCCUGUAGUGCUGUAAACACAGUUGUUUGUGUACUGAUAAUUUUGGGCUUGGGGACAAAAAAAAAAAAAAAAAAAAAAAAAAAAAAAAAAAAAAAAAGCAGGCUUCCUCUCUGACUAUCAUGUACUUCCUGCUGUAUCUUUGUGACUUGUUUUGGUGAUGUCAUUCUGUGUAUUAAACCUCUCUCUUUACUAAAAAAUGA